AAGAAUUCCGAUGCUAUCCUCGGACCCUGAAGGCAUCAGACACACGGCUCUCCUGUUGCUCUGAGAGGAGGCAGGCCGGUGAUUUUCCACUGCUGCUGAUGCCUCCGGUCCCCCCGUUUUAAGAGACAAAUGUCAGAAAGAGAGGCUUAUAAAUAGGCUAAAAUAUAGGCUACCGACGUGUCCAGCCCUCAGUCGCUCUCACGGACACGGGAGGACACGGACAAGACGAAACGGACAAGGGACCGCGCUCAAAGGACAUUAAAAGGACAAAAUAAUACACAAAAUCUCAUCAACAGAGCAGAAUGGCGCAAAAAGAGAAACUUCAGUGCCUGAAGGAUUUCCAUAAGGACACUCUGAAGCCAUCUCCUGGCAAGAGUCCAGGCACCCGUCCUGAAGACGAGGCAGAGGGCAAACACCCUCAGCGGGAGAAGUGGGCCAGCAAGUUGGACUUUGUCCUGUCUGUGGCUGGUGGAUUUGUUGGUUUAGGGAAUGUCUGGCGUUUCCCAUACCUCUGCUAUAAGAACGGUGGAGGUGCAUUCCUCAUCCCCUACUUCAUUUUCCUGUUUGGUGGAGGUCUGCCGGUCUUCUUCCUGGAGGUCGCCCUGGGUCAGUUCACCUCUGAGGGUGGCAUCACCUGCUGGGAGAAGCUCUGCCCCAUCUUCACUGGUAUCGGUUAUGCCUCCAUUGUGAUCGUUUCCCUGCUGAAUAUCUACUACAUCGUCAUCCUGGCGUGGGGCCUCUACUACCUGUUCCAGUGUUUUCAGCCGGAGCUGCCCUGGGCCAAGUGCAAUCAGCCCUGGAACACUGAUCGCUGCAUUGAGGACACCUACCGCAAGAACAAAACCCUCUGGCUGGCUGCCAACGCCUCCAACUUCACCUCCCCCGUCACCGAGUUCUGGGAACAUAAUGUGCUGGGUAUCACCAGUGGUAUAGAGCACAUAGGUCCUAUUAAAUGGGACCUGGCCCUGUGUUUACUGCUCGUCUGGGUCAUCUGCUUCUUCUGCAUCUGGAAGGGAGUCAAGUCCACUGGCAAGGUGGUCUACAUCACAGCCACGUUCCCAUUUGUCAUGCUCAUUGUGCUGUUGAUUCGUGGUGUGACACUGCCAGGUGCUGCUGGGGGUAUCAAGUUCUACUUGUACCCUGACCUCACUCGCUUGAAGGACCCAGAGGUGUGGAUUGACGCUGGCACCCAGAUCUUCUUCUCCUAUGCCAUUUGUUUGGGCGCCAUGACAUCCUUGGGGAGCUACAACAAGUACAAAUACAACUGCUACAGGGACUGUUUGCUGCUGGGAGCCCUCAACAGUGGUACCAGUUUUGUGUCUGGCUUCGCAAUAUUUUCCGUCCUGGGCUUCAUGGCACAAGAGCAAGGGGUGGACAUUGCUGAUGUGGCAGAGUCAGGUCCAGGCCUGGCUUUCAUUGCCUACCCCAAGGCUGUAACCAUGAUGCCUUUUCCUACACUCUGGGCAAUUCUCUUCUUCAUUAUGCUGCUGCUGCUUGGCCUCGACAGUCAGUUUGUGGAGGUGGAAGGGCAGAUCACAUCACUGGUGGAUCUGUAUCCGUCCUUCCUAAGGAAGGGUUACCGCAGAGAGGUCUUCAUCGCUAUCAUCUGCUGCAUCAGCUAUCUGCUUGGACUAACCAUGGUUACCAAGGGUGGCAUGUAUGUUUUCCAGCUGUUUGAUUACUAUGCAGCUAGCGGUGUGUGCCUUCUGUGGGUGGCAUUCUUUGAAUGUAUUGCUGUUGCCUGGGUAUAUGGCGUUGAUAAUUUCUACGAUGCGGUUGAGGACAUGAUUGGCUAUAGACCAAAUCCUUGGAUGAAAUGGAGCUGGACUGUUGUCACUCCUUUACUGUGCAUGGGCUGCUUUAUUUUCUCCUUGGUCAAAUACAAGCCAUUGACGUACAACAAGCUCUACAAGUAUCCCGACUGGGCUAUCGGAAUAGGUUGGACUCUGGCCUUGGCCUCCAUGAUCUGCAUCCCCAUGGUGGUUGUCAUUAAGAUCAUUCGAUCUGAUGGGCCGCUCAUUGAGAGGAUUAAGGCGGUGGCAGCCCCAGUUCGUGGUGGGGCCAGCUCACGUCCUGCAGACCACCGUGGCCCCAAGGAGCUCUCCUACCCGCUGGACCCCAAUGGGAACAAGGGCCUACUGAUGAAGGCCCCCACCCACACCAUCGUAGAAACCAUGAUGUAAAGGAAUGAGGUGGAGGCUCUCCAUGAGAUCGCUCUCCUCUCCUGUCCUCUAAAAUGCUUCUAAAGCUAGCUAGCUUUCUGUCUAUCUGUCUGUCUGGUGGACUGAUAAGGGUUUUAAGGAAAAAAAAAUUCCCAUUUCAAAUCUUUUAGGAGUACUUUGGAGGUAGUUUGCUGUUGAUGGUUUUCUUAAAAGGGUAGCAAUCACAUUUCAAAUCUAUUUCUGAAAUACUCACAAGCUGUAUUUUUUUUUUCCUUUUUUUCCAUUUUUAAUAUUCAUGUGACUACACACGUCCCACUAUUGUCUUCUUUAAAGGCAAAGUGGCAAAUUAGCACCAGCCUCUGGUCAUACGCUGGUAGGUUUCUUUUUAUUCCACCAGCUACUUUUGCAGAAAACAAGCCAUUAUUCUAUAAAAGGAAGAAAGUGGUUAUUGAGUCUUGGAAUCAAACAGCCUUUUGUAGCCACAAUAUGAAAAAGAUUGAUCAUAGAGCACCAAAAACUGUUUUUUGUACUGUUCUCUGCCUGUGAUAUUAUGAACAGGGUGCACUUAUCUGAGGGCAUGUGCCAUAGGGUUCAUCUUUGGCUUAUUCUUAGUUCAGUUGAGGCCCUGUUGAGAAGAGGUAGAAGAUCGAGGCACUACAGGUACAGCACUAUAAACAAAAACAAAAUGUUUUUUGCCCACAAUUAGAAUAUACGGGUAUUAAGUUGCACACCUUCCUUCAGCAAUCAGAAAUUCUGAAAAGCAUCUUGAUUCUUGUUGUUUCAGCUGUGAUAAUGCAAGAUUUUUAAUGAGAAACUUGACAACACUUACCUACCUAAAUUAAACAAGGAAAGUGUCCCAGUCUCACAAAUAUUACAAUCUGUAGCUUGAUUUGUUUUUGUUAGUAUCAAAUUUGGAUACCUCUCUACCAACAAAACAUGACAAAUGAAAACUCAAGAGCAAAAAUCCAAAGCUGCAGCCACCAAAGUUAAAUUAUUUUCCUUUGCCGCCUCCUUUUUUUUUCCUAUAAUCAUAGACCAGCUGGAUUGGUAACCAUGAGCAUGCUGAAAAUUUGCCACUUCUUUGGGCCAUUAAUACGCAAAGUUGCCUGGUGCAGAUGAAAAACAAGAAAAAGAUAAAAUCAGAUAAAUUCCUAAUUGGCACAGCUAUCAUAGCUGAUGACCCUUAUCAUACCAGGAUCCUGGUUCUUAAAAUGCACCUUAGCACAAACUUCCCCAUCUUCCAUAGACAUAAACUAUUGGUCAAAGAGAAAACUAGCACUGAGACUGCAUUGGGGAAACCCGCUUCUGCACAAAGAGAGGCAUCUGAAACGAUUUGAAGUGUGGAGGUUGAACCCUUGAGUGUGUUGUCUGUGGUGUACUGUACAGUAGUAGCUAACCAGUCUAUCUAUAUCUAUCUCUCUAUCUUUCUCUGUCCUAGACCAGUUUACAGUACGUUAGUGACUGCACUAGGCACUCUUGGCUUACAAUUUUGGAUUGGAUUUAUUUUAUUUUCUACAGAGGAAGUUACAUCAUUAUUAGUUUUUCCUCUGUCAAUGUUUAGAUUUUUUUUAUUAAGACUAUAAUGUUAUUGGUAUUCACUAUUGAUGAUAAUUGCUGUAGUUUUACAUAGAAGAAGGAACACUUCUUUCAUCUGGUGAAAAUACUAAGCUACUAUACAAAUCAUACAUUUACAGUGGCAGCCAUUGUAGUAUAGUCCUCAUCAUGCAUUUCUCCAGCAUCGGUGCCACCAACGGCUCCGUCUUUAGUAUCUCACAAUCAAAUGAUGCAAUUGAGUUUUCUUGUGGGGCACGUGGGUCAAACAUUUAACGAGCAGUUCAAUGUCCUGUUAAAAAAAAUGGGAAUUCUACAAUGGCUCCACCUGUAAGUUCGUAGGUGUUAGGGGUUUAUAGCUUUUCCUCUUCUGUAAAUACCAGGUGACAGUAUUUAAUUUGGAUGAAUUCAGACAGACAGGGCACUGUAGCCAAUGGUCAAACAACAUGUCACCAGCUCAGUGACUCAAAGCAGCCAUUGAUUGGAUGACACUCCCGACAAAUCAACCAGUGUCAGACUGUCGACUCAUCUGAGUGUCAAACUAACUUUCCAGACACUGUGAAAUGUGGCAGCCGGCUGAAGACAAAUCAGAGCCAGUGACUGACCGAGGCUGGUCAGGUUUUUCCAUGGUCACCAUGUUGCAUUGCCUCACCCAAAAUAAGAGCUGGAGAGGCUCAUUUCAAACAAAUGGCCACAUCAUCAUCAUGUUGAGUGGUUGACAUGGCUGCCACUGAAACCAGCUCCAUCCAAACUCAGUCAGUCAUUGUUAUAGUGAGAAAAUGUGCCCUGUGAUUAAUUCUGGCUGAAUUUUUUUCUUCUUCUUUUUUUUUUUUUUUUGUUACAAACACGAAAAUAACUACAUUACAUUCUUAACAAUAACUAGGGGCCAUAAUAUUAGAGAUGUGAACCAUUAACAACUAAAAGCAGACUAUGUGAGAGGUAUGACAAAUACAACUGUAACAUUCAUUUUAAUAUGUCUGUAUAACAAGGGGUUUCCCAUGUGUAUGUGUCACCAGCGACCAUCCACUCAGGACCUUUUCCGUAGUGCUUUUAUCUACUGUAUAGCUGCAUUAACCCAGCAUCCAAAAAAUUAGACUUCUAACUGUGGGUGACAAAGAGCUGAAAUUUAAUGGUGGCAAUCAAAACUGAUGUUUUUGUCAAGCUUGAAAGGCAGUUAGAUCAGUUCUUUGCCACAAAGAAUGGAAAAUUACACCUCAACUGCCUAUUUUAUCCACAGUCAAAGGCAAAAAUACAGCGAGAGUGAGUCAAAGUGAAUUUUUAUUGCACCUUAUUUGUAUAAUUUGGACUUCAUAUCAAAUGAUGAGGCCAAGCAAAAACCACUGCCAUCUUUUUAUUCAGGGUUCUCAUUGGCCUUCAUAGUAAAAUAUCUGAAUACUGUCAAAACAUCUAAGGUUUUACCUUUAAGUGCAUCUCUUCUCCCAAAAGCAGACAUAUUAAAAUAGACAUUAAGGCGUUAAGAAACAUUCAAACAUUCAUUCUCAUCAAUUAUACAGUUAUACAGUACACAUGCAUUGCAGGAAUUUGACCAACAACGUCACAUCAGAAGUGAUCAUGUGACCUGGGCCUCAUUUCGUGUUUCAUCUAAGCUUUGAUCGUUUUUUUUCUCAAGUUUAUUUCAUUUCUUCAUAUAGAAUAAAGUAGUUCAUAUCAUUAAAAGGGAUUUGUGAAACCAAAUCCGCAGCACACAUCUAUUUUCAUACAGUAACAAACUUUUCCUAUAUAAGUCGUCUUUGUACAGCUAAGAUCCCAUUGCAGACCUCCCAUUUUAAUACAGAUACAAAGCUUCAUUUUAUUCUUAAACUUUUGUACAGAUCUGGUUCUCAAUUCCUCUGAAGGAUCUUAGCCUAAGGUGAAAAACUCAGAUUGCAUUAAUGGCGACAGUAAAGAUCUUUCAGCUCAUGCUAGCGAAAACAGCAGCACCAGAAACCUGUUAAAUAACUUUUACAACAUUAUUCAUGGCAUUUUGAAAACAAACCAUUGCACAGAGCACCUAUGGACAGUUAAAUAAUUUGUCUUACCUUUAAUUUUAUCUACACAGGUUUUCAACCUUGGUGCAUCUAUGAAAUUUAUACACUUUGGGGUUAUGCAGAUUGAUAAUUUGUAAAAGGCACAAAGUGGGAAAAAAAAUCUUUAAUAUUGUGGACACUUCAAGAAAUAGCUACCAAUAAAGACCCACAAAUAGACUUAAGCCAUGUAAACAAGGCUAAACGUGCCCCAUACUCUCACAGCUGAAAGAAAACUUUCCAUAGUGCUAAGAUCCUUCUUUUGGUGGGGAACCGUGGACCAGAAAUAAUAACUAAUGCAGUCAUUUAUUGGUUUAUUCUGCCUCUCUGUGUAUAUUUACAGUAUGUACCAGUCCCUCUGCCUUUUUACACUCCUCAUCAGUUAGUCUAUGUAAACCUUCUGUUAACCUAAGCUAACCGAUUUUUCUCAGAGAUAAUGAAUUUGCAAGAGAAUCGAAGCAUUAGUGAUGCACAAGUUUUUACCGCCGAAUGUUGAAAUGUGAAAGUCACCUGCGGGUGAAUGUAAAAGUUUCUGAAGAUUUAUUUUUUAGGUUGAAAAAAAAUUAGUUUCUUUUUAUUUUUAUUGAUCAUGUUUUAUUGAAUUGAGAAGUUUCUUGUUUUAUUUUAUUUUUGAUUGUGUGUCUGUCACAUUUGCCUUUUGUAUUCCAAAUAUAGUGUAUCUGAACCUCUGUCAUUGGAGUAACAUGUUCAACUAUCAAUCAAAAACAAACAAAAAAAAAGCUACGAUUUGUUACGUGCAAUACUUUGUAGAAUACUUUUAUUUUUCAUGCUGUUUUUCCAAAAGGUGGUACUAACCUUUGAAGUAAGAUAAUAGCCUGUGAAUUCUUGCAGAAAAAAAAAAAUUAAUCUCCAGGGUCCACUUAAAUUAAAACCCGCC